AUGUUCUUCCACCACGGCAACGACGGGCGGUGCUCCGUGGUCAACGGGUUCUCCGGCGCCGCGACGCCUCUCCCCGAGCUGGCCGAUCUCCUGCGGUCUCACAUGGUAAAUCCCUGCGACGAGAAGAAGAUCGAGUCCAAGCGGUCUGAGAAUAUGAGGAUCAGGAAGGUGGCGAUGUCGUCCAUGGCGUCCUCGCCGAACCAUCAUCGCCUGCUGGCCGUUGUAGCCAGCAACUGCUCCAAAUCCAGAGUCUUUAUCUCCACGUGCCGACCGGCCGGCGAGAUCAACUCGUGCGUUGUGACGCAGGAGACAUCCACCAUCCUCGACAUCGCCUUCUUCCAAGGGAAGAUGUACGCGCAGGUCCAGAUAUUCCAGGAGCUCCUCGCCGUCGAUCUCACCGAUGGCUGGCUCGACAAGCCGACACCGCCGGGCGUCCGACCCCAAGUGAAAGCGUUCACAUCGUGGAUAUGGCCCCCUGACCUCCAACCGGAGAUGUAUCUGAAACAAUUCUCCCACGACAAUAACCCACAGGAGCAAGUACAGCAAUAUCUAGUGGAGUCCAACGGCAAGCUGCUGCUGGUGAGGAGAUAUUUCCGGGCCCCGCCCCCGCGAAUUGACCGCAAACAACAUUUAACUUGUCGGUUCGAGGUGCUCGAGGCGGACCUCGGGGACGGUCCCGGUCUUGGCCUGUGGAAGACGGCCCGCAGCCUCGAUGGCUGGGCGCUCUUUGUGGGCGCGGCGUGCUCCAAGUCUUUUCGUGCUAGCGACGUUGAUGGAGCUCGAGGAGAUUGUGUCUACUUCCUGCUCGACCAUGGCAAUCCCCUUGGCCACGCUGGUGUGUACAGUGUGGUGCACAGGACGAUUGUGCCGUUCAUGCGAGCUUCGCGGAGGGUAAGGCCAAGGAGAUGGUCAUGGGAUAGCCUGCGGUUUCCGGCAUGGUUUUUCCCGGUUGAAGUCUAA